CAACGUCACCACUUUUAUUAUAUUAUUCCUUCUGCAGGCCACUGUCAUGAGACCUGCUGUAAUGAAUGGUACUGAGGAUCGGAUUAUGAAUCUGUGGGCGCACUUUGCAAAGAAAUAUAGCUUUCUUCCACUUAUUGGCAAUGGAUCUACCAAAAUCCAGCCUGUAUAUGUUAAUGAUGUUGCUUCUGCAAUCGUUGGGGCCUUGAAAGAUGAUGAAACCAGCAUGGGAAAAGUCUCUGAGUUGGGUGGACCAGAUAUCUAUACUGUGCAUGAACUGGCUGAGCUUGUGAAUGACAUGAUCCGUGAAUGGCCACGCUAUGUAAAUGUACCUUUACCCAUUGCGAAGGCAAUUGCCAUGCCUAGAGCGGUAUUACUCGAUCCGUAA